AUGAGCGCUAGGCAUUUACAGCAAGGAUUCAUAGCGUACUACUCGAGUUCAAAAUCUGAUUUUACUAGCGUGUUACAACUACUCCGGUUAUUGUCAUUGGAACAUUGUUCAAACGGCGGUAUUUCAACUAGGCGUUUUGGUGGCAUAUUUAACGCCUCUGAGAGCGUUCCUAGGCAAAUGGAGGUGUAUAUGGUUGUUCGGCGUAAGAAGACAAACAUUCACCUAAAUGCCAAAGAAACGAGUCUCGUCCUGGAGGUGAAGAAAAUGAUUGAAGGAAUUCUCAAAGUUAAACCUGAGGACCAGUUACUUUUGAAGCACCAAACUGAAAUGGAAGACGAAAAGACACUUAGCUAUUAUAACCUGAACAGUCAAACCGCAAGGGCCCAUACACCAGCCACGUUAGGAUUAUGUUUACGUGAUCCAGCCAUUUUUUAGCUUCCAUGAGCAGCCUGAGCGUCCUUCCAAAAUUUUGUUAUGAGACCUGUAAUCCAGCAGUUCUGGUGUUAUGAAUUGUGACUGUUUGUUAAACGCCAAUACAUCAAUCUCCUACAUAUCUGUUUUUCAAGCUUCUGACUCGUCUUAUUGUUUAUUGUAUUUGAAUAACCAGUCACUUGCAAGUAUUAAUCACUAAGUAUGCUUGGUUUUUCGUGCUAAGGGAAGUACAUAAAGACCAUCGAUAUUUUCAUAGGAUAAAAUAGUGUAAAGUACGUGCCACGGUGACUUUUAGUGAGGAUAUUCUGUGGUUCUGAUACUUGGAAGAAUGAGAACAUACUGCGGGUCUUCAUUUAUGCACCAUAACAAUUUUUAUUAAGAGUGGUUGACAAGUUUCGGAUGAUGUAAAUAUUACAGCUUUUGGUUGUUAACGUAGUAUUGUGAAUCUGGUUUACAUCUUUUUGUUCAUUUGAAAAGUGUUAUCUGGAUCCUCUCAAUAUUGAGUUAUUUUUAGCGAGAUUCAUAAUCAGACUUACAAUUUGGAUUUUAUUCUACAACUUUGUAACCAAAACAACUAGUUGCGGAACUUUUGUAAUAUUUAUUUUUAAAAACUAUGGGGUUUUAGUUGCUUGGAUUGGCUAUGUUACUCAGACUAAACUGUUAUAUCGUGGUAUUUUUAAUCAAGAUAAACAUGAAGUUAUUCCGUCUGUUUUUAUUGACGACUGUAUAUAUCGAAUAUUUUAGAGAUAGCUGUCGCCACCGCAGUCCACAGUCACUAAAUACGAUUUCCAGUUGACAUCGUGACAGUUAAUUGAAGAUAGUACUUAAAUUGAAAAUUGUAGAUGUGGUUGACUGUAAACACAGUGUUGGUGAAGCUGUUUGUUAAAUUUCACGUAAAUGGUUCAUAAUUAUGGUAUGUACUCUAUUUUCAUUCGUUUUUGGCUCUGUUAUAAUUUUAUGGAUAAGGUCGCCUAUCUACUUUCAAAUAAUUACAGACAUGCUGAAAUGGCGGAGGUACCUGUUACUGAAGUUGCUCCAUAAUAGGAGGGUCAGAUUAUCAGCAGCAGAAUCAAAAGGGUUUCUCUACAGUCACAGAUUUAACAUUUAAGUUUUAAUGUCGUUUAGUUGUGGUGUCAUGCUGGGUACUCAUCAUUAGCCGACAUUAAUUUUUCCCUUGUUUAUACGUCUAAAAACUGCCUAUGCUCAAGAUAAACAGACAGUUAGUGUGGAAGACAACCUUUGGAUCUGAAAGUUACACAACUAACUGUGAGUUCGAGGUCAAAACAGUUUCAAAACCCUAUUAAGGGUCUGUGUGAUCGGUCCCUUCCGAAUACAUCUUUAUUUAUAUUCGGUUCCCAUUACUCUAUUGACAGUUGUAGAGUGUGCCCAGAGGAGUUAGGAGACGUUAGUCCCCCCAAAAUGGUGUACAUAAGAGUAAAGGCCAUAUGGUCCUAUUUUGUUACUGACAAUCAUAAAGAUGUGAUGUCUCAAUUUUCACACAUAGACAAUAAGACGGCAAUUCAAUAAUGAUUCCAGUUUUAAUCAUUAAUUAUGGCACUUUAUGCUUGCCCAUACUAAAAUUAUUUGGUGUUUCUAAAUAUAGAUGAACGAUUCAAACAGUGGUAAUACGAAUACUGUUUCAUGUCAAGCGACUUCUGGCAGAGGUGGACUGUAUAUAUAUGUUUCAUUUUGCACCUCAUAAACACACAGUUCUUUGUUUUUGUGAGAUACGUAUAUUGAAUUGGCUUAUUUAUCACUCUGACCUACUCGCUCUGAGCACUAACUUCUUCUUAGGUCGAAUUAAUCGAAAUUGUUCUGGAAGACAGUUAAGCAAUUUUUAAUUUGGUAAUAUGUUCUGCUCACUUAAGCUGUGCUACCCGGCUAUGUAUAUGCCAUACAAACUUGUCAACUUAUAAGUUUGCUAGCGUUUUCUUAAGGUAGUUAACAUUUCUGAAAGGACCUUAUAAAGGUAGGGGAAAAGAAUGCCAUGAAACAACAAUGGAUGAAGAUUUACAGGAGAGAGAUAGAGAGAGUAGUUAGGUGGAUGACAAAAUGUAGUAAAUCCGUCUACAAUAUUGCGAAGUUUAUAGGCCAUUUUGCCAACAGUCUUCAACCAUUAAUUUGUAGCAUCUCCAGGAUCUUUGUCAGGUAGUCUGUAUUUCCUCACAUGGUUCAGAUCAAUCAUCGAAGACUUUGUGGAUUGAUGCUACAUUUUGUUCUGACUAGUCCGAGCCAAGUGCAUCACACAGAAUAGUAAUUUAAUUUUUCAGUUUUGUGUAUAGUGUUAAUGUCUUCUCAUGUCAUUAUUCAAAUUUCGAUUUUCUUAAAACUCUGAGAUCUAGUAUUGUUUAAAUUUGAUGAGAAAUGGUCAUCGUGCACCAAAAAUAAAAAAGUAUUCAUCCAUGUACAACCGCAGUAUACGUAGGUAUUUACAUCUACUAUCUAAAUAAACUGUUAUGAAACAAUCUAAGUAGCAUUAAUUUUGACUUUUACGAUCUAUGGAUUUUCGCUGUCAUGUAAAAAUGUCUAGCUGUGAAACAAAUUUUCAAAUUCUCAACAUCUCUUAUAGCGGCUGCCUUUUGUAACAGUCAGUUUACGUAUCAAGUGGCAUUGCACACUGAGUUAUGUUGAUUCAUUUCGUUGAUUGUAUCAUGGUAUGCGAUUUGCGCAUAGACUCCUUGACUGAGUGAUCGCAACAUAGAACUUUGCACUGAAGUGCAGCAGUUCAAGUUGCCACACCCCAUUUGCUACACAAAGGAAAACUAAAGAAAAAAAACGAGAUUCUAAAGGAUGGUAAUAAACAGGAAUAUGAGGAAGAAAUAAUAGUAGCAUGGGAAAACAUGAGGGU